UUAAAUAAAAUCCAAUUUGUUGUAUUUAGACAGUUAUAAAAAAGUACUCUGCUUAAAAGAACAUACAUAACCUAAAACACUUAAGGUUAAUACUAUCAGAAAAAAGUGCACAUUAAAUUAAGUGAAAACUAGAAAUUCAGUAUUAUAUAAAUGGCAACCAGAAAAGCAGCUAGCAAAGCUUAUAUGCUUUUAGGACAAUGUCUUCCUUGUGUUAAAGAAAAAGCUUCAAAAAUUCGUGUAAAAAGAAUGGAUUUGGAUGAGAAUCUACUGAUGUAUUUUCGGAAGGAUGAAAUCUUUUAUGCUCAUGAUCCUGAAAAGAAAUGCAAAGUAGGGGAUAUUGUGCUAAUUGAAGAGCUACCAAACAAAUUAACCAAACUUAUCACUCACAAGGUUAAAGAAGUAGUUUAUCCAUUCGGUGACAUAACUGAUCCAGUUACAGGUAAAAAGGUUGUAGUAUCUCAGUAUAGAGAUGAUAUUGACAAAGAAAUAGAUGCAUAUGGAAGGCUAGAAUCUACAUUUGAUUAUAAGAAAGCACCCCCGAGAGGUUGGCAAGAAGACAAAAAAGAUUUCACCCACAGAGAAACCUAUAUUAAAUAUCACGAAUCUGGCGAAGAUCAGCCAUAUGCUGUAUAG